AUGGACAGAAGCUACUUGUCGCGGAGAAGAGUCAGACCGGAAAACACAAACCCUUCCAAAGUGGGAGGGUGUGAUUUCUGCUAUCAGAAGAAUAUCAAAAUUCGACCACUGCAAUGUCAGAACCAUUUUUAUUGCCAAGUGUGUGAAGAAUUUUGUCCAAAAAUUAGAAAGGGUGAUUUUACCUGUCGGAAGUGUUCACAUCGAACCCGUCAGUUGGAUGACGAAAACAGAAAAAGGGUUGAUGAUUUCUAUGUGAAACAAGAAGGACUGGCUAAACCUAAAGGCUUUGAGGAAGUCAUCAUCAGCAUCGACGGCUCCAACAUCAUCUCGUUUGACGGUGAUGACGACGAGGAAGAUUUGUCAGGAAACAAUACGGAAUGGGAUUUCCUAUUACAAUCCUUAACAAGCAAGGAGCGAAAAAAGAACAACAAAGAGUCAGAGAAAGUACUAGGCAGCAAAAAAUCUAAACCAGACGAAUGUGAAUCGGAAAAACGAAAAGGAAUUAAGAAAAAGAAGCAUAAAGUUGAUUUAGUUUUUCCAAAACUACAUACGUCACCGAACACGUGUUCAGGCGGAAGUGACGAAUCGACUUCGUCUUUGGAUCAAUUGGGAAUCACAGGACUUGCUAUCAAACUUGAAGAGGAACACCCAUCUUCAACUCUAGAAUUGGCCUCAAUUUCAGUACAAGACAGUCCACCAAUAAUUGCUCGCACAAUACAACUACUUCCGGACCAGGAGGGCAUUCGUGCUGAAGAAUGUUUAAACACAGAUUCUCUGUCUGAAAGAGGGACAUCGCCCGUUAAACAGCCUCCCAAAAUGUUGGAUGCUGCCAGUUGGUUGGGUCUCCGAAAAUCGAGUGAGGACAGCAAUCACCCAAUCGAAUUGUACAACAUCGAGGGUCCGUCUUUCAGAGAAAGGAACGCCAGCUCGGGAGGUAGCAUUGGGUCCGCUUUCGAGCGGGAUCUCCUCCAGAAUGACGAUUUCUGGGACUUUUGA